GAUACCUUAUAUAAAUUUAAGUUAUCAUGGCUGCUGUUGCCAGUGAUAGAAAUCUUCGGCAUAAAUCAUUGAAAGUAUAUGACGAUGAAGAUGUUGAAGAUGAAAUCGAUGGAAAACGGACAUUUGAUGUCAUGGAAAAAAUUAAAUCUGACAAAUAUAAUGCGGAGUGUGUGCUUGAGCUUGGAUCAGACACAUUCAAUUUCAAAUAUAUACAAAAGAAUGGAUUUUAUAGUCCAGUCAGAUUUAAAGAAAAAGACCAGCUAGGAAUGACAUUGCCAGAUCCAGAUAAUUUCACAAUAACGGAUAUCAAAGGAUAUGUCGGAGGGCGUAGAAUGUUGGAUGUGAUGGAAUGUGUAACACAGAGAGCAAUGGAAAUGUCCAUGAAAGAUUUUGCACAAUAUUUUGAAGGUACUGAGCGUAAAAGAAUUUACAAUGUUAUUUCUUUGGAGUUCUCACAAACUAGGCUCGGCCCACUUGUUAAAAGACCGGCUGUUGUUGAUAAGAUUGAUUGGAUUGACUUGGCGUGGCCUCCUCAUUUAAAAUAUGAACAAAGUGAGCAAACAAACAAAAUGGCUCAAAUGAAAUAUCCCAAGGUCCAGAAAUACUGUCUAAUGUCAGUAAAUGGUUGUUACACAGAUUUUCAUGUGGAUUUUGGUGGUACAUCAGUAUGGUAUCAUGUUUUGAAGGGUGAAAAGCUGUUCUGGUUGAUUCCACCCACGAACAAAAAUCUUGAGACAUAUGAACGCUGGACGAAGUCAGGAAAGCAGGGAGAUUUAUUCUUUGGUGAUCUUGUCGACAAAUGUCAGAGAGUUCAUCUCCACACUGGAGAUUCACUGAUGAUUCCAAGCGGGUGGAUUCAUGCUGUUUAUACUCCAGCUGACUCCAUUGUGUUUGGUGGCAAUUUCCUCCAUUCCUUCAAUAUUCCGAUGCAACUUCGAGUUGCACAGUUAGAAGAAAGACUACAUGUUCCCCCAAGAUUCAGGUUUCCUUAUUUUCAGGAGGCAUUAUGGUAUACAGUUGAAAGAUAUGUUUGUAACUUGACUGGGCAAUCUUUUCUGACUGACGAAUAUAAAACUAAAUCAAUGUUGGUGAAAAAACAACAAGAGGAUGAAGAGGAAGGAAUUAAGGAAGAAACUUCAAUCAAACAGGAAGAGAAAAAAGAUCAUGUUCACCUAACUCCAUACGAAUACAAGGGCUUGGUUCAACUUAUCGAAUCUCUGGAGCAUUUACCAAAAAGCAAGAAGUUUGUUCCAGCAGGAAUAGAAAAUUGGCAAGGACUCUUGACUGCUGCAAAACAAAUGUUGUUCGCACAUUCUGCAGAUGAUCCUGAACUUGCCUUAACUGGAGAAGCUAUUCCAUGUUGGCCAAAACCAAGCAAAAGAACAAUUAAAAGAUCUAGGUCUGAUGAUGGUAGGCCAGUCAGGAGAACUCCAUCAGCAGGUAACAGAGUUCGACGUGUUAGAUGUAAACAAUGUGAAGCUUGUUUGAGAGGUGAUUGUGGAGAUUGUGUUUAUUGCAAAGACAUGAAAAAAUAUGGCGGACCUGGUACUAUGAAGCAAUCAUGUAUGCUCAGAAGAUGUACAAAUCCUCUCAUGCCAUCUACACAUCGUAGUGAUAGUGUGGGUGCUCCUGAUACUCCGACACCAAUUCAAGAUGUGGUUGAGAAUGAUCCAGAACCUGAAGAAGAAGAAGACGGAUCACCUCCACCUAAAAAAGGAAAAAUAUCUCGUUACAGACAACAUGAAAAUGGAACACCCAGAACACCAAGACUAGAAAAAGUAAAAAUAAGCAAGGAUCAAUCACCGCUUGUACCUCGAGUUACCAUCCCUAGGAUGGAGAAAAAAGAUCUUCUUCGGCAUGUGAUCAGGCCAGUGUCAGUGUCAUUGGAAAGCAGUGAAGAAUAUGAAAAAUUAGAAAAAACAAGCGAAGAGCAAAUAGAAAAUGAUCCAACUGUGGACAGACAAGCAUGGAUGCAGGUGUUCAAACGUUUGCCACAAGAAGAUUUAUGUCGGUGCAUGAGAGUUUGUAAAGCAUUUCUUCGAUGGUGUUCAAGCAGUAGUUUAUGGCAAACCAUUGAUUUAUCCGAAUCUCCUGUUACUCCUGACGCAUUGCGAUGCAUCGUACGUAGAACACCAAGUAAAAUUGACCUCACAAGAAGUUAUGUAUCUUCCGAACAGUUAUCGUGGCUUAUCAAAAGGUGUCCUAGCUUACGAAACCUCGUUCUUGUAUCUAAUUCAUGGUCUCUCACAGCGUCUCUAUGCUCUGCUAACUGCCCUCCGCUUCAUUCCCUAAAUUUGUCGUGGGUCACUGGUUUUACCGAUUCGCAUCUCAAACAGUUGAUCUCACCACCGACUGAUGGCCGUCCUGGUCAGCAGAUCACACAAACAAGAUUAAGGUUUUUAAGACAUUUAUUCCUGACUGGAACAGAUGUGACCAACGCUGGCGUGUCUCUCAUCCCUUCAAAACUGCCUCAUUUGCAUUCAAUCGAUUUAAGUUAUUGUAGUGUCACCGAUAAAGCUAUUCGCUGUCUUAUUACUGCUGCCAAUGAUCAAACAUGCAUCAAAUUAAACACAAUUGUGGCAAAAAGCUGUCCUGACAUCACACGAAAUUCCCUGAAGCAUAUUACAGAAUUUAUAAACGUGGUUAGAAUAGAUUUUAGAGAUUGUUGUCAGAUUACAGAACAAGACUGCUACGAUAUCCUGCCAAAACUUCAAGCACAAAACAUUGUGUUAUCAGAGCCUGGUCUUUUUGUGUCUGAAACAGAUGUUCAUUAAUGAGUUUUGGACCGGUAUACUGGUGCCAGUGUCCGCCGUCAAGUGUUUCUCAACUUGAGAACAUCAGGGACGUUGAAGUUCUCAGUUAAUGAGUAUACAUUGCCUCUAAGAGCCUUUUCUUGGGGUAAGGUUUUUGUUAUUUAAUUCAAUAAGUCAGGUAUAUUUAUAUGGUACAAAUUUAUCAUGUUAUUGUAUGUUAAUAAAGCCAGCAAGCAUCCUUUAAAACACGGGUGGGAAUCUAAAUAGAACAUUUCUGGGAUAUCGUUUUCAUACUCCACAUUUUGCCUCAAUUGUGUUUCAAUCAUUCAGUGCUAAUGAACAUGAAUGCUAUUAAUACCUAUGUCAUGACAUCAUAUCACAUAAAUUUUUGGUCCCUGAAAAUUACAUCAACGAAAAAUCUUCGUUAAGAGCCUUUUUAAUUGAUUCUUUUUUAAUGUCAUACUUUCAAAUAUCUGUGGUUGGAAUUUUCUGUACACAAAAUCUUCAAGGCUUUUAAUGUCAGUUACUACACUGGUUUAGGUUGCGGGCAUCCUGUGUUUUCUUUCCUCUUACUUAUAACACAUUAAUACAGAUUGUGAGGUUAAGGUAAUGCUAUGUCAUCCUGUUUGUAUGACUUCGAACUUGAGAAUGCAAGCACUAACAACUAUGAGUAGAAAGGGGUUGCUGCAAUGUUGUAUACACUUUUAGGACUUGGGUGAACAUUUUGUGACUCCUAGUUCUGUUGGACGCUGUUAGAUUGUUUUUAUCUUGAUAUUUUGAAAAACUAAAUUUUGAAAUUGGCUUGUGCCAAAGUUGUGUUGACUUAUCAUUAUGUGCUUAGUAAUGUUGCUGUUUUGUUGUUUACAUUUAAUUUUUGUCACAUCAGCAUUUUGCGUUAAAUGAGAAGAAAUAAUUCAAAUGUGGGAUAUUUGGUUUUGGUGUUGUAAGUGUAUAUACACUGCCCAACAUUUUUUUUAAGUUUCAAUUAAUUAUUUUAGUUUGAAAAUGGAGAUCUAUUGUGAUUUAGUGAUUUCAUAAUUUCAGCUUACACUAGCUUUAUUUGACGUAAGUUUUUCUGUCUGUAAACUAAUUCAGGAUCCGAUGAUCUUGGGAUGCGAAUUAUGUCAUCACUUACUCUAAAAAAGGACUGAUGUCAUGAGAGAUUCUGUAAUGCAUGAAGAAAGGUUUAAGAGUUGGCUACAGUGAUGCUUGUCUAUGAGUGUUUCGUUUAACUUUAUAAAGGUAGAAUGUGCUGUCUCAAAUAUAAUUUUAUUAUCGUGAAUAUUAAGUUAUUUCUUUCUCGUUCAUUCAUCAUCAAUUUUAUGUUUGUUCAUUUGUAGCGUUGCUUUUCACAAUUCCUAAAUAAAAUUUGGCACCAUGA